UAAAAGUCAGUGUUAGAAAGUACUGUUACAAAACUAUCAAUUUAUUUUGAAGUAGUUAGUUAAUUUCAGAACUCUUUAGUGUAUAAGUUACCCAUUUGUUUUGGAUAAAAGUAGUGGUAUUAUUACAAUUAAGUUUCAGUAUUCAUUGUCAAAUACUUAGAAAAUGUCGGAGCCUUAACUUGAUUAUGACUUCUGACUCUUGAGUUAUGUACUAGUCUAUAGUGAUAUAGACUAACGACGUAACGUUACUUAAUUAACUAAACCUUGAAUUUUAAGGUGAACUUCAAAUAGAUAACUUAUGUAGAGUAUAGGACUACUUACGUUCACGAAAAGGCAUUUUCUGCUGCUGUUUGUCAAGUAUUUUCGGCAAUGAUUGCCAACAACUGUUAUUGUUAAUGAAACGAUGAACUGUCACUGUCAUUGUGGUAACAAACACUUCGCCAUCAAGUUCAUGUCUAAAGAAUUCGGUAUACCCAAGACAAAGUGUAAACCCAAGAACGUGUUUCUUUUUCUGUCCUACUUAUAGGUUAUCUUAAGUUAUGAUCACAAUAUUAUUUCUCAACUAGAAACGUGAUUGUCGUAAUUUAUUAAAAUGUAAUAAGUAGUAUUUGAAAGUAGUGUAAUAGUUGUACAUGAUUUUGAAACGUAAAUGUCUAUUGAAGAAAAGUGUAAUUUGUAAAGUGUGUUACUAAGUAACAUCAGUUUCAACCUUAUUUGGAAUUCAAGAGGAUGUAAAGUUAUAGAUAACUUAGAAGAUAAAAUACACCUAGGGCUAUUCUUAUGAACAAAAGUAAGAUGGGGGCAGCAUCAUCUACAGGAUAUCAUUCGUCAGAUUCUAUGUCAUCCAUCCAAACCAAUAGUGAAUCAAGUGCCGUUGUUCCGGGAUCCACCAGUCUCUCUUCAGAUUUAACUCAGAAUUUAGGUGUUCAAGGAGGAGGAACAGGAAAGGAAAAGAAACGUAAAGCAGCACCACUUGUGUUAUCUACUUUAAGAAAACGAUUUAUUAGGAAACGUAGAACAAGUAAAUCUUUUGAUCAUGCUCAGGUUUUUCGUGAAUUUCUGGAAGAAUGGAGUCUUAGAGAUGUUGCAUUACUUGUAGAACAUUAUGAAGCACAAAGUGCAUUAAGGGAACUUGUACUUCAAGCAGAUCUAGCUCGUCCAUCUGCUAGGACUUGUCAACAAGACCUGGGCCUUAUAUUUGAAAGCAAAUUUUCAUCUGAUGUUGACCUUAUAUAUAAAGGAAGGUGUUUUCCUGCACAUAGAGCUAUCUUAUGCAUUAGGUGUCCUUUUUUUCGAGAAAUGUUAUAUGAUCCUCUAUCAUGUGGAAGUCAGAUAGCAAUUGAAAUUGACAUACCUGGUGUUAGCUUGGGCAUGUUUAAUGAAUUACUAAGGUAUCUUUAUACAGGAGAGCUCUCAGUUGGUGACAAGUAUGAAGGAAAUGUUGAUACUUUAAUACAACUAAGUGAACAGUUUGGAAUCCCUAAUCCUCUUAGAGAGGAUAUGAAAUAUUUAAUGACUAGCAAACUCUUUGCUGAUGCUUGUUUGGUGUUUCGUCACUCAUCUGUAAGUUCUCAUAGAAAAGAAAACAGUGCUAUAGCUUCUUACAACUUAACUGGUAAAGUAGGUGUUAGGCAUGGUUUUUCUGCUGGUGAAUACAGAAAUGAACUUGAAGAAGAAAUUCCAUGCCACAAAGUUGUUUUGGCUUCAAGAUCACCAUUUUUUAGAAAUGUGAUUCAACGAUAUCAGAGAAGGUCCAAUGAAAUGAAGGAACCAGCAGUUAUGCGAAUAGUUUUAGAUGAUGCCAUUGUUCCAAAGCGCUAUGCAAAAAUUAUACUUUUUGCUCUCUAUUGUGAUACCUUUGAUUUGUUUUCUCUACUAACUGAAGUGGAAAGAAGUACUCCUACUGUGUGUUCUGAAGGAAACAGUACCCUCAUAGUGCGUAGUUAUCAGCGUUCAGUUAUUGACCAGUUAAUGGAGCUAUAUGAAGUUGCACAGCUUUUAGAAAUUGACUCUCUCUUACAUGGUAAGAUGCAUUUUAAUUGA